UUUUCCCCACAUAUGAGAGUUAGGGCAGGGAAAAGGGGCACCAUAGUGCUUGGUCUUAGAGACGGCCUUAGCUUUCCCAUCUCCAUUUUAAAAACUUAUUAAAAAGAGAGGUGGUUGGGCGGAGAUUGAAGUUUGAAAGGAUCAGAAAGAGAGACGUGAUGAAGACGAUGAUAGAAAACCAGCUCCAGUCAUGGAAGCUAAGAUUAUCUUUCAGAAAUUUAACCAUCCUUAUUUGUUUUUUCAACGUUAUUACUUUCCUUCUCCUUCUUCAAGGAUUUUUCUCAGCAAUAUCCAAUAAAAAACUUACUCCAAAUCAACAAGAUGCAGCACAACUGCAAUAUAUUAUGGAGUCUGAAGAGAUCCGUCGUUCCAUGGAGCCUGUGGAGUUAAUUAAGAGAGUGAAGGAAAUAGAGCAAGAAGCAUAUUUGGUCCCAGAACGAGGGGAACAAAAAGCCUCAAAGCAAACUAGUGCUGUCGAUCUUUCAAAGAGACUUAAGUCUCGUGCAUCUGGUGAUUCUAACAGCCAAAGAGUUUCAGCUCUUGAGGAGUGGAACAAGCGGAAGAUGGAACGCGCUAGGCAAAGGGAACUUGGGAAAAACGGAACAGCCACUUCAUAAGCAUAAAAGGAUCAUAUUGAUUGUAUAUUUCAUCCAUAUCCAAAAGUGAUUGUACGAUUUGUGUAAAUUUACUGCUAUAAAGUUAGACGACUUGAAAUGCUUCUUUCUAACCACGAUCUUCAAAUAUCAUCUUUUUAUUUCUAA